GGGUGACCAAUGAUGUUGUUAUCAACGGGAGGCCUAAAAACAACACGACAUUCAUGUCAACCAAUCUAUAAAUGAUGGUCCAAUCAGCUACGGAUUGGACAUAACAGGAUAUUCCAGGACAUUCUUCAUCAACAGUUAGACCAUUUCUACGACCUUAAUCAAUCUUCUAUCAUGAUAUAACAUUUAAACUAAGUUUUCCUAUAAUAAUUAGAUCCACAUGAAAUGCUUUUAUGAGUUAUCAUGGUGUAAUAUUUAUACAUCAUUUCACAUGAUAAUUGUUUAGCAAGUAAUACAUAUCAUCAGAUAAAAAUGUAUAUAAAAUAUCAGUAGUUUCAAUUAUAGCUUUUUAGAUAGAUGCUAGCCUAAGGUAACGAGAACACAUCUCCUAGACAUACUAUUCAAUAUUUAACAAGCUGUGAUAGUCUAAAUCCACUCAGAUACUGUUGUCAUUGCUAUAAUUUUGUAUAAAAAAGACCAACAUUUCAUAUCAAAACAUAUUGGAUAUACAUACAAAAGUCAGUGUACUCUUUCAUACGAAAAAGAACACACAUAAUGCACAGUGUUAUUGUUCAGAAAUUAAAUAAAAUGUAUUUAUAAGUCAGCACAAAAGUUCAUGACUACAGUACUUCUCACAAUUACUCACGUCUCCACUGCGGCAUCUCCGCAAAACUUUGGGGGAAUUACCGCGGCAUGUCUGGAGAAUAACGACAAUACGUUUCCGUAACGUGGUACCAUUAUGAAAUACACGUGGUACAUUUGCCUAAUAACUGCUGUAUUUUGAUUACCUACCGUAACGUAUCAUUUUGCAUCGCAAACGUUUCGCAGAAAAGAGCUCAGGAUGUAAGCACCUGUGAGUACCACAGUUUAUUAAUUUACAAAGUGCUGUCAGGAGACGCCAUGGAGGGGAAGAUCAGCUUACCCAAUGCAUCACAGAACAAGCAUCCACUGCCCGAUGAUGCAUGGGAUGCUGAAGGCCUACCCGGAAUCUAUACGGGUCUUGUUUUACUUAUUUCCUUAUACCACGUCAUGCAAUUUGAAAAUGACACAUUUCAUGCUUGAUCAUAAAAUAACCAAAGAAAUCCAAAUCGUAGGUAACAUAAGCGUGAAUUGAUCGAUUUAGUUGGUGUAUCUUAAAAGGCUGUGACAAUAUAUGGGUCAUUCUCUAAAAAAGUUGCAUUUCCUCUACAAAUGAAUUUUCUUGAAAACAACUCAUAAUUCUGUUUUCAGAUUACUUGACAAUGAAGUUAUUUAUCAGAUGUAUGCAAUAUUCUGAUUAAAUUACUGCUAUAACCUUAUGUUAGCCAGUAAAAUACCUUAAAUGUGCAGUAUUGUGCAGAAAUUUGUUGUCCACAAAUAAAAAAUUAAACUUUCUCAAAUUGUCUAAAGUCUCUGGGAACAAAUACUUUCCAAAGCCCUGGUGAUUUAUGUAGCAUGACAUCAUGAAAGGAUAAUACAUCAGCAGAAACCUGUUGGUUUUCCACUUGGAUUCAUUAUUUAUGGCAACAGUAAUCUUGUCAAGAGUUACAGUCUCUGUCCUGUCACCAGAUAGUACAAAUACAAAAAAUAAUUGCACCUGUGAUAUCCCAGAAGGCUAAGGUCUUUGCAGGUCACUUCCUUUCCAGUACUAUCAUGUCACCAUAUGCUCGAGCAUUUUACAGUGGUGAAGUGUCUUGAAAAUAACUGGGGGCGCAAUGGAGGGGAAGAUCAGCUUACCAACUGCAUCUCAGAACAACCAUCCAUUGUCCGAUGAUGCAGAACACUCGAACCAUUCGAUAUGCUGUUCCCAAAGACUGAUUGUGGUAUUAAUGGGAUUUCUCGGGGGAGUUAUGCUUGAGACCAACAGGUCAAAUCUCAGCGUGGCCAUCGUGUGCAUGGUCAACGAUACCACCGGCAACUACAUCAACGGUACAAAGACAACACAAACACAAUCAGAGAAUGCGGAGUUCUACUGGUCCAAGGGAGAACAGUCUGGAAUUCUCAGCGCGUAUUUCUAUGGUUACAUGGUAACACAGCUUCCAUCUGGAAUACUGGCCGCGAAAUAUGGCGGGAAGUACGUCAUGUUUAUUGGGAUGCUGAUUGGCUCGACCGCCUCAUUGCUUCUACCAAUCGGCGCCCGGACGUCCAUCUAUCUGGUGUAUGCACUGAGGGUGAUUCUUGGGCUGGGCAUGGGAGUCUAUAACCCGACUAUGCAGGCCAUUAUUGGUAGAUGGGCGCCGCCAUUGGAGAGAACCAUACUUACAGCUAUCUGCUAUUCAGGAUUUUCGUUUGGAAUCAUAGCCACGUUCACAAUAUCAGGAUAUAUGUGCAUCUAUGGUUUCGAUCAUGGCUGGGGGUCCAUUUUCUAUGUUCCAGGAGCUAUAUCGAUGUUAUGGUGCUGCCUGUGGUGUAUAACGAUCGCCAGCACACCGGCUCAGCAUCCUCGAAUCUCGAAGAGGGAGCGGAACUACAUUAUUCAUGGAAUAGGGGAGACAUCGCAGCAGACUUACAAAACGCCAUGGGCGGCCAUUUUGACGUCUCCCGCGUUUCGGGCGUUUGUAGUCGGACAUGUGUGUUUCGCCUGGCUCGUGUACACUCUGACGACCAAUACACCUACGUUUUUCAAGGAGGUUCUGAACUUUGAUAUAGCAGAGAACGGGUUGUUGUCCGCCGUCCCCUCUACCAGCCAGACUGUUUUUGGGCUGCUGGCCGGUCAGGUAUCAGACUAUCUCCGGUCAAGGAAAUACCUCAGCACAACGGCCACUCGGCGGAUAUUUCAGAGUAUUGCAUUCCUUGGGGCAGGUGCGUGUCUGGUUGGCACAGGCUUUAUGGACGCUGAGAGGCGAUAUGUUGCAGUAUUUCUGUUAGCAGCUGCAAUGGCAUUCAUGGGAUUGGCGACAGCCGGAGUGCUGGUCAACACCGCCGACUUUGCUCCAAGAUACGCUGGAAUAUUGUUCGGUAUUUCUAACACUGUUGCAACAACACCAGGGAUGUUAGCACCUCUCCUUGCCGGCAUCCUAACACCGAAUAAAACUCAGGAAGAAUGGCGGAACGUGUUCUACGUCUGUGGGGGAGUCUGCAUCCUUGGAACUUUGGUGUUUGGCACCCAGGCCCGGGGGGAGCUGCAGCCCUGGGCCGUGGAACAGGCGACGGUGGACGUGGGGGAGGGGCAGGAUGUACCUGGGGGGUUGACCAAUGAUGCUGUUGUCAACGGGAGGCUUGAGAAGAACACUACAUUCAUGUCAACCCAUCUAUAAAUGAUUGUCCAAUCAGCAGUGGAUUGGACAUUCCAGGACAUUCUUCGUCCACAGUUAGACCCUUUCUACUAACUUAGUCAAUCUUCACUCAGCUGUGGUUUGGACAUUACAGGGGAUUACAGGACAUUCUCCGUCCACAGUUAGACCCUUUCUACUACCUACAUCAAUCUUCAGUCAGCUGUGGUUUGGACAUUCCAGGACAUUCUUCGUCCACAUUUAGACCCUUUCUACUACCUACAUCAAUCUUCACUCAGCUGUGGUUUGGACAUUCCAGGAAAUUCUUCGUCCACAGUAAGACCCUUUUUACUACCUAAAUCAAUCUUCACUCAGCUGUGGUUUGGGUAUUACAGGACAUUUUUCGUCCACAGUUAGAUCCUUUCUACUACCUAAAUCAAUCUUCACUCAGCUGUGGUUUGGACAUUCCAGGACAUUCUUCGUCCACAGUUAGACCCUUUCUACUACCUAAAUCAAUCUUCACUCAGCUCGGGUUUGGACAUUCCAGGACAGUCUUCGUCCACUGUUAGACCCUUUCUACAGCAUACAUCAACCUCAGCUCGUCGGGAAUGUUUCGAGAUGUAACCUGAAGUUGUUUAGGUUUUUCAAACAUUUUUUAUUCCAUUUCAAUACUAUACAGAGAAUAUAUUAAAGACGGUUUGGCAUAACAGCAUGUGAUUUUAAUUGAAUUGUACAUGGUUGAGGGCAUACAGGGGAUAUGUGGGUAUAAAUAUUUGUAUAAUGCCCAAUUGUAAUAAAGAAGUUGCUCAUCCAUAACAA